AUGACAGCGUUCUCAGAUACCCAUAGAGGAUCGGCGAAGUUCAAGAUUUGGAAAUUUUGGGGCCUAGAUUCCGGAGUAGUGGCUUGGGAUUGUUAUAUGUUUUUUAUCUAUGAAGGAAAGAUACAGAAACGCAUGUCUCAUGAUCCUAUGAUUGAACGGGUUUCCUUACAUGAAAUAGUCAACAGCGUUGCCAACUUCAACAAACCUACUUCAACCUCGGCCGGCCAGUUUUACUUAAAAGACUCUCUACUUCCUGUGUACAAUCCGUUCUUCUACCAUUACUCAAGAAGCGAUCUUUCUCAAGCUGAGCAGUACCAGCAAAAGACGCGGUCCAAAUCAGACCGAAAGCUGCAAGCUUGUCCACCGCCGAUGCCUUGCGACUUUGAGCCCUUUUUUGCACCUGCUGCAAAUAUUCUGAAGACCCCGUGCCUUAUCAAGAUUUUGAAACUUGUACUUGACAGGACCGGCAAACGAAGUCGAUUUUCGAGUGAUCGCUUGCUGCACAGGGUCCGUCAUUCGUCUACUGUCUGUGCGCUUGCUGUAAAUGAUCCUAUCUAG